AUUACACUAAAAUAGUGUUUUGGAGUUUGGUUUGAGAUGAACUAACGUGUGUGUAUAAAUCUUUUACCUUUACAGCCGGAACUGUUGUACCGACAAUCAGAGUCAAAACAUAUAAAAUCCAAGAGAAUCGUUGGGAAAAGAAAAUAAUAUACGCACAGAAACUUAAAACGAAGAAAAGUAGAGAGAGCGAGAACGCAAAAGAUGGCUACGACUCCGAAGCUGACCACUACAAUUUCAUCUUCUCCAUCUCUUCAAACCACCCUCUGCAGAAAACUCCCAAUCUCAAUCCAUCUACCAUCAUCGUCUCUCCGUCCCCGUCUCACCUUACUCUCAAACCACCGCUACAAUCCCUCUCGCCGUGCCCAAAACGACUACGGAACAGACUCUGACCUUCGCUACGACUUCGACCUCUUCACUCUCGGCGCCGGAAGCGGCGGCGUCCGUGCCUCCCGCUUCGCCACGAGCUUCGGAGCGUCCGCCGCCGUCUGCGAGCUCCCUUUCUCCACCAUCUCCUCCGAUACAGCCGGAGGCGUCGGAGGAACGUGUGUACUCAGAGGAUGUGUGCCAAAGAAGUUACUAGUGUAUGCAUCCAAAUACACUCACGAGUUUGAAGACAGUCACGGCUUUGGUUGGAAGUAUGACACCGACCCUUCUCAUGACUGGACUACAUUGAUUGCCAACAAGAACGCUGAGUUGCAGCGUCUGACUGGUAUCUACAAGAAUAUACUCAACAAUGCUAAUGUCAAGUUGAUCGAAGGCCGUGGAAAGGUUAUAGACCCACACACUGUUGAUGUAGAUGGGAGAAUCUAUACUACUAGAAACAUUCUGAUUGCAGUUGGUGGACGUCCCUUCAUUCCUGACAUUCCAGGAAGAGAGUUUGCUAUUGAUUCAGAUGCUGCGCUUGAUUUGCCUUCCAAGCCCAAGAAGAUUGCGAUCGUUGGUGGUGGCUACAUUGCCCUGGAGUUUGCGGGAAUAUUUAAUGGUCUCAGCAGUGAAGUUCAUGUGUUUAUUAGGCAAAAGAAGGUGCUGAGGGGGUUUGAUGAAGACGUUAGGGAUUUUGUUGGAGAGCAGAUGUCUUUGAGAGGCAUUGAGUUCCACACAGAGGAGUCCCCUGAAGCCAUCAUCAAAUCUGGAGAUGGGUCGUUUUCUUUGAAGACUAGCAAGGGAACUGUUGAUGGGUUUUCACAUGUUAUGUUUGCAACUGGUCGCAAGCCCAAUACAAAGGUUGAUGAAUAUUCACGGACAUCUGUUCCUUCGAUAUGGGCUGUUGGGGAUGUCACUGACCGGAUUAACUUGACUCCGGUCGCCUUGAUGGAGGGAGGUGCAUUGGCUAAAACUUUGUUUCAAAAUGAACCAACAAAGCCUGAUCAUAGAGCUGUUCCAUGCGCUGUCUUCUCUCAACCACCUAUUGGAACAGUUGGUCUAACUGAAGAGCAGGCCAUAGAACAAUAUGGGGACAUAGAUGUUUUCACAUCACAUUUUAAGCCAUUGAAGGCUACGCUUUCAGGACUUCCAGACCGGGUGUUUAUGAAACUCAUUGUCUGUGCAAACACCGAUAAAGUUCUUGGUGUUCACAUGUGUGGAGAGGAUUCACCAGAAAUAAUCCAGGGAUUUGGGGUUGCUGUAAAAGCUGGCCUAACUAAGGCUGACUUUGACGCAACAGUGGGUGUUCACCCCACAGCGGCUGAGGAGUUUGUCACAAUGAGGACUCCAACCAGGAAAAUUCGCAAAGGCUCCUCUGAGGGGAAAGGCAAGUCCUGAGGCUAAAACAGCUGCAGGGGUCUAGAGAAGGUUGCAAAAUAAGAUUGGAUUUACACCAUUGGAGCUUCCUGACAAGGAGAACAAUAUCCAUCAAGAGCCAACGUUUUUAUCAAUGGAGAUGUCAUAAGGCUCAUAACCAUGGUGCAAAACUGUUUGAUCGUGUAACUUACUCGACCUGUCGACCAGAUUCUCAGGAGAGCUUAUAUUGACCAGAGCUCUAAAACUGAGCUCUCCCAAUAUCUCACUAUCCUAGUUGAAUAAAGUUCUACGAUUGUUAUCAUUCCCUGGACUAGUAUAAUUAAAUCCUCAUUUCAACAUCCACUUGAAAUUAUUUUACAUUUAUUUUCAUUUUAUACUCCUAAGUAAUUUUUUUUACUCCUAAUUAAUUGUUUUACAGUAAUAAUAUAAAUAAACUUCAGUUUUCCUAUACAUAAAUAUUUUUAUUACAAGUUUGAAAAGUCAAACUAUAUUGUACUCAACAUCCAUAUAUUAGAAUACGAUUAAAACGUCAUUACCUAUUCGUAACUGAAAAUCUAUGUGUCUUUUUAUUUAUAAUGCUUUAAACAAAAGUUUAUUAAGCAGUUCUUGCUGAUAAAUAAGUUUUAUAAUUCAUAAAUAAAUUAAUCUUAUUAUUAUUUUCAUUCCUUAUAAAAUUUGAGAAUUUGUAUCUAACAUCAUUGAUGAAUGAAGACACAUGCACAGAAAAGAAAAAUAAAACUAUGUCCUUAUAAAAUUCCAAUUAACACAAAAUACCUUGUUUUUUAUCUAUACUAUUAAAAUAGAAGUUAUGACUUCUUUUAUGUGUGAUGUUUUUAUUUGGACCAUUCUUAGAAAAUUUCUUAAAUCUUACAUAACUUAAUUAUCAUAUUUUUAAUUUCUUUAUUUUUAUUUGAAAUACUAAUAAAUAUCUUAAAGAAAUGUCUAACAAAAUCUUUCAAAUAUGUUUUAGAAUCUUUUUAAAAUAUAUUUUUGAAAUUAGUUAAUUAAAAUUUUAAUUAUCACAAAGUAUAAUUAGAAACUAAAUUUUAGUUUAGUUUUGAUUGUAAAAAUAAUAAUUAUUAUAUAAAAUAAUUUUAAUAGUAUUUUAAUGAUAAUUAAAAAAUAAAUUGAUUUAUUUUUUAAAGUUAAAUUUAAGAAGAAUUUUAAAAGAUAUUUUUGAAAAUAAAUAUUCAUUUCAAUUUCUAAUUUAAAAUAAAAAUUCUUAUCUAUUUAGCACAAAAAUUAUGACUUAUUUUAUAUGUAUUUUUUUUUAAUUUAUACCACUUAAAAUCACACAUUUAAAUGUUUUUACAUGUAAUACAACUAAUUUAUACCUCAUAGAUGAAACAUUUGAUCUUUAUUCAUAUUGUAUACAUAAGAUUUUAUUAUUAUUAACGUAUGUGUAUUUCCCUAAGUUUAAAAACAAUUUGGUUUAUUAUUAAAACAGCUAUAUUAAAUUGGUUUAAUUAAUAACUAUAUACCAAAUUUUCUAUUAUGUAGGUUCAACUUAAUCUAGUUUCCACAUAUAUUUCAAAUUUAGAAAUAAAACAAAAAUUAUGUAAAUCAGUAUUGUUACAUAAUAAUGUUUUUAAAAUAAAUUUUGUCACAAAAAAUUAUAAAUUUUAUAAUAAUAAUAUUAUACGCCACAUAAAUAUUAUUAUAAAAUUAAAUAAUAUAUAACGCCAAAUUAUAUUAAUUUAGUGAUAUAUUUUAUUACAUAAUCUAAAAUAUUUUACUAUUAAAGAAAACCCGCACGGUCGUGCGGGUCAAGAUCUAGUUACUAUGUUGAAAUGAGUGUAAGAAAAAAUAUUAGACCAACUGGUAGUAGUGUUUGUUCGGAUCCUAAGAGAUUUUGUGACUCCAAUGUUCCUUGUAAGAGUUCUUGCUAAAUGUUGUGAAUAUAAUACACAAUCUAAAUUCUAUAUUACAUUUUUUAACAAUAAAUAUCUAAAUAUCUUUAGUGUCAUUAAAAAAAGCAUUAUAAUAUUUGUAUCAGAUAUGUGGAUUUAUUUAUGAUAAAUAAUAAUAUGAAUGUUAAAUAAAUGAUCUCCAGUGUCAUCUCUACUGACUCAUUCUCUUCUUAAUAAGAAGAUUGAAAUUUUUUUAAUAAAAAUUAUAAAAUAAAUGAUCUCCAGUGUCAUCUCUACGACUCAUUCUCUUUCCGUCAAUUUUGGAUUUUUCAAACUUGCAUGAAAUACAAAUUAGAAGUUGGAUAUGUUGAAAAAUAUUUAUAAAUGAUUAUACUUAAAGAAUUAAUGUAUACAAUUAAUGGAAAAAAAUUGAUGGUUUAAAAUUCAUAUAAAAUAUAUAUGUCAAUUAUUAGUAUUGUUGUGAAGUCUAUUUUAUACAUCAAAAUUUAAUACACAAACAACAAAGAAUCAAUAUAAAGAUGGUAAACAAAUAUUCUACUUGCUAUUAAAAUUGAGUUCUUACCAUAUCAACUUUCUAUAUGAUAUAUGGAAAUAAUAUGUACAUUUACACUAUGAUCGUGAAUUAAACUAUACAUUAAUGGGAAAUGAAUCUAAUUUUACAAAAAUUACUCAACAUCUUACAUGUUAAUAUAUCUACACUACUUUUAAGGUAUUAUUUUUAUAUGAUGUAUGAUAUUUGUGUAGGAUGCUUACAGAUUUUUUUAAUGUGACACACAUGCUUGACGCACAAAAUAUGAGUUUCUAAAAAAUCUUUGAUCAAUAACAAGUAAAUAAAAAAAAUCAGUUUCUUGGUUAUUUUCAUAAUGUGGCUAAUUUUUCUCAUUUGCGAAGAGAUUGGAUUAUUUACGUGGAAAUUAUGUAUUAACUCAAAAUAGUCUAAAACAAUAAAAAUUAAUUAUUAGUUUUAUUAGAUCUGAAAUGAGUUUGAGAAGUAUUACGACCUUAAAGUAGUUGUUUUAAAAUCUGAUAAGGUUUAUGAUGGGAAAGGUAUUUAUUGGUAAUGAUAAUCUUUUAAAAAAAUUUACAUCUAAAUGAAAUUAUAUAUUGGACUUUUAAAAUAAAUAUUUUUGCAGGUAAGCGUUUUAUAACGAUUUAAUCUAAAAUUUAAAAGGUUUCUGGGUUAUGAUGAACUAAAUAUAUUUAUUGUGCUACUAAUUCUAUCAUCCAGCUAAGUUUUAUAAAUUCGACUAUAUAUUAAAAUGAAUUUCAGUUUAAUGAUUUUUAUUGACAUGUCCUUCAUCUCUCAAAAUUAUAAUUUAAUUGUUGCUUUUAUUUUCAGUUUAUUUAAUUCCGAUAAAAAAAAAGAGAAAGUAAUCUAGGAACUAACUUACAUCAAAUGACAAACAACUCAAACGGUGUUACAUUUAAUAAUAUCUGAAAUUGAUACGUAUUUGUUUCUAAAAAAACUCAAUAAUAAUAUAAGUUUAAAAA